CGUCAGACCUAAUGUCGAGAUCACACAUGGCAGAUCCAAGACAGCGCAACGCGCUUGGCACGCAGCCGGAAAAGCUGCCCCCUCGCCACCGCCCAAUAGCAACAAACCUGCCAGCCAUUAGACCACCCUUUGCCGACACGCAUAUACGGCUAGCUAUCUUCUUUUUCUCUUCACCCUAGUCAAGUAUCCAUCCCUCCAUCAUCGGCUGCGUCUUCAAAGUCAACAAACCACUACGUCCAGAUGUGCUUGCAGCCAGCCAGGCCGCCUGUCCACCCCUCUCCACUCAGAUAGGUAAUAUCGGAGCCAACCCUCCAUGUGUGUCUGUCUGUCUUGUCUUGCCUCGUUAACCAGUCGUAGCACAUACGUACGACACACUGCUAGGCCAAUAUGCUGCCGCUUGACCUGUCCUCCACCCUCCGUGGCGACUCAAACUUCGCAGCCAACCACUCUGUCCCAGCCGUCCCAGCCCUGCCGAUCGCAAACCCCAAUCCCCUGCCCGGUCAAUCACAGCUGCCCACCGCAAAAUGGGCAGCCAUCAUGAAAACCCCAAAUAGGACACUGGGACGCCAUCUGCCUCUGCACCGAAAGUCAUGAAGAAGGCAGCUACAAGACGCAAGCUGCUUGUCUUCCUCUGCGCUAGCAUCGUCGCGGCCGACGCCAGCUUCCGCAGCAACGUACCCCCAUUUGCCCUAGCUAGCGACGUAGACCCUGUGGACACGAAGCUGAGCAAGGUCAUCAAUGCAGCAAGGCUGGUGCUUGAUGAUAGAGGCCUAAAGGUUUAAUUAAUCUCUAGGGCUGGGACUUGCGAAAACCACAAGAUGCUUUGCAAGCUUUUGUUACGCUAUGGUUGAUAGAUGGGCUGGGUAACUUGGGGCUACUUGGUAGGUACAAAGGCCAGUUGUCGUUAACUCAGUGUAGCAAUUAAUACUUCAGACGUCGUUUAGAAGUCACUUCAUUUAAGCAAUAACCAUCACCAACGCUGUGAACUAUCAGGAUGUUAUUAAUAGAUAUAGUUG